AUGAAAUUCGGAUAUCUGUUAUUUUGCUGUAUCUUGAUUAUCGUUGUGGAUUCUUUCAACCCCUGGGCUGGUUGCCCGGAUGAUAAGGAUUUCGACCCAGGCAUGUUCACAAACUGUCCAGAUGGUUGGUUUGGUUUCGACAUAAACUGCUAUACAUUCUUUACGACCGCGCCAUUGAACUACCUACUAGCUAAGAAAAAUUGUGAAGUAACGUUGGGAAAAAAACACGGUGCAUUGUUGCUAAGGAUCGAUACGCUUGAACAACAUGACUUUAUAUCAAAAAAGCUGGAAAGUAUUGCUGUGACAAGGACCAUGCGCUGGUACACCGCAGGGAUGAUGCGACCCGAUUCCUUCGGGGAAUUCAUAUGGGAGGGUCAUCCAUCGAGUUAUCAAAACGUCAGAGCAGAACUCAUGUCCCUGUGGCUUGACCGAAUCCCAGGAGUCCGCGAAAAGGCAACCUUUCCUGCCGACCGUACGAGAAUUGUGUACGGCUCGGAUGGAGCUCGCUGGGGUUGGUACUUGGAUACUGCAGUCCCUGCAAGAAAUUAUAUAUGUCAAGCACCAAAAGCAGUGGCAACUCAACUGCUUCCAACGGCGAAGUCGUUAACGUAUGGUGAAUAUUCUACCACUUCAAAAAGGAGAGGUCCCUGUUUCCUACGCCAGCCAGAAGAUGUUCUGUAUGUUCAAAGACUCAGCUCUGAUACAUAUGCUGAGCUAAUGUGUGAGGCUAAUGGAAAUCCUCAGCCAACGUUUAGGUGGUAUUCCGUCAGCAUAGAAAGCAAAACGGACGCUUCUGGUGUGACAGUGACAUGGCUGAAACGAACGCUAAUUGAUCCAAAAAAGGACAUGAGCGGGAGAAUUUCAAUAAGUGCUGGAUCGCUUGUCAUCCAUGCCCCGGACAGUUCCACAGACGCCCAGCUGUUUCAGUGCGAGGCCACAAAUGAACUUGGGAGCGUUCUCAGUCGGACGGCUCGAAUAGUAUUUGGUCAACUAGAGAAAGCCCAAAAACAACCAAGAAAUGAGAGAAGAGUGUUGGCCCACAAAAGCGAAACACUUCCAUGCGACCCUCCACCCCACUCGCCGCAAGACAGUCUUUUGUAUACAAUUUAUAUGAGCAAAGAUGGCCAACUAGAACCCGUGAUUACCGCUUACCGUCCGAAUUUGUUCAUCUCUCAAGCCAAAGGUUUGAUAGGAUUCUCCGAAGUUACAGCCCUAGACACCGGGAUCUAUGUUUGCAUAGUCACAAUGCAGUUCAAUGGAGUUCGUUUGUUUGAUUCACCUAAAUUGCCGGACAUGCCGUUCACAGUGACUCAGAGCAACGAACCCAGACAGGAGCCUAGAAUUUACGACGACUUCCCGGCUAUUUGGCCUAGCAAUCCACAACGGGGUCAGUUUGUUCGCCUGGAAUGUUUUGCAUCUGGAUAUUCGCAGUUUGAAGGUUUGACCUAUACAUGGCGUCGGCGCGAAGGGCUCCCAAUUCGACCAGGCAGCUUGAAAGACUUUGAUCGUGUAAUUGAGCUUCCAAAUGUACAACCCGAGGAUCAGGGUGAAUAUGAAUGUAGUGUGCGCGACUCACUCGGAAAGAAGGCUACACCGAGAUCAGUAAUGCUUCACAUCACGGCCAAGCCGUAUUUUCCCACCCCGCUGCAUGAUACAGUUGCAGAUAUUGGUACAGAUGUUACCCUCACUUGCGAGGCUGCUGCGAUUCCUGAACCCGAACACGCAUGGUACCGUAAUGGCAUCGCUGUUUCGGACCUUAUAAGUCAAGGGAAGCUGGAUCCGGCCCGUUAUGCCCUAAUUUCAGUGAGUGCAACGCGGUCGAACCUAAGGAUACUGAAAGUUCAACUAUCGGAUUCGUCCAUGUUCACCUGCCUGGCGUGGAAUAAUCUGGGUAGUGAGGCAUCAUCCGGAGAGUUGCGGGUCAUCAGUUUGGCUCCGACGUUUGCACGUCAUCCCGUGAUGCCGAAUGAAGGGAUGGUUGGAGGUUCUGUGGUGAUGGAAUGCCGGCCAGAGGGUGCACCAAGUAUGAAGACACAGUGGCUUCACAAUGCAGCAGUACUAAGUCCUGGUACGAGCAUAAUGGAUCCCGAGACGGGUUCAGCCACGUGUCCAACAAAAUAUUGCACACUUCCAAACGGAAACCUACUGAUAGUAAAUCUAGUGAAUGCCGACGCUGGAGAAUACGCAUGUGUGGCAACCAACAGUUUAGGUGAAGCGAGGUCCAGCGCUUUUCUCACUGUAAUACCGUCGUUACAGCUCCAGCUUAGUCCGGUGAAUCGCGUUGUCUACGAAAAUUCCACUGUACUUCUACCUUGUCGCGCAUCAAGCUCUCCGUAUCUGGAUAUCAACUAUGCUUGGUUUUUUGAGGGCGUUCAAAUUAAGUUCGACCGGCUUGAUUUAGAUGCACGUCGGUACGAUGUGAGUCAGCUUCUCCGACCCUACGGUCGUUACUUUGGCACACUUCGGAUAACCAACAUACAAUUUGAAAAUUCCGGCAAUUACUCUUGUGUGGCAGAGACCCCAUUGAGUUCCAUUUCCACUGGUGGACUCAUAAGAGUAGCUGGACCACCAGGGCCAUGUGCAGGUCUCAUGGUUGAUCCUCAAAUCGGGACACAUAGGGUUAAUGUUACCUGGACCGUUGGAAACACGCAUCUCUCUCCAAUCACUGCCUUCACGAUCGAAGCAAACGCAAAACUAGAUCCCCCAGAGAAGUGGACGGUGGUCGUAUCAAAUUUGUCAUUAACGGCCACCGAAGAACUGUUACCUUUAGGACGAAGAAUGGCUUUUGUUGAAAACUUGGCCUCUAACAUGGCAUACAGGUUGAGAGUGCGAGCCAUCAACGCUCUUGGAAUUGGAGCUCCAAGCCCACCCAGUCUGUGGUUCACAACGCUGGCAACAGCACCCACCAAAAUGCCGCAAAAUAUAACUGGUGGUGGUGGAAAGCACGGAACACUGGUAUUUCAGUGGGUGCCGCUGUCCCCGGUAGACUACAAUGGACCGGACUUCCGAUAUCGUGCACAUAUUCGUGCAAAAGGAAACAACGAAUACGGCAUCUACGAGCUAUGGAACACAAAGUCGCUGGAAGGAGGCAAGUUUCUGCAAUACACUCUUACAUUGGGAGAGAAUUUAUACUACAAGCCGUAUGAGAUCCGUAUGGAAGCUGUGAAUAAAAUGGGAGUUGGACCCAUUACAGAUCCUGUAACCAUCAUGUCUGCUGCGCGGGUCCCAACAAACGCUCCUGGUGGAGUGACCGCCGGUGCUUUGAACUCUUCUGCGAUCACCGUUUGGUGGACCCGACCAUUGCCUUCCGAGGGUCAAGGUCCAGUUGGUGGCUAUCGAAUUCUCUACUGGCCUCGUGUGUCUGACUGCCGCUCAGAGCGCUCUGAUAUAGCUCGAUAUCAGCUUGGACAAAGACAAACUGUUCAUGGUGACGUCACCAAGGGAGUUAUCAUUGGCCUAGAUGCAGAUACGUAUUACUGCAUCGCUGUACAGCUUUUUAAUACAGCGGGUGAUGGCUUGGAAUCGAGCUUUACGGAGCAGACGACAUUCAAAAUUUCACCACAAGACUAUCCCACAAUGGUUAUUCUCAAUGCCACUGACAUGCCAAACACGAUACGUGUUUCAUGGGUUGGUGUCCAGGCCAAACCGGAUGAGGAGUCGAUCGAAGGAUACUGUAUCCGCUAUUGGCCUGUUGGAUCGCAAUUUAAACAGACAUUCACAGACGUAGACGUUGGUCUGAACACUUUCGGAUACGUUCGCGGUUUAGAGACAAACAAGCGAUACUACCUCCGAGUCUACGCUUACAGCCGUGGGGGUGUUGGGAAAAUGAGUUCACCUGUGAAUCAGUUCCAGAUAAUUCCUAAAGCACAAUGUAUCCCUGGCGCUACAUGGGAUGGCCCAGACUUCCGAUAUAAUUUCAUCUGCAAGGGUGCCAGCCUACGAAUCUCUUUAAGAGUGCUUGGAGUAGCAACUCUGAUGGCGUUCCAGUGGAUAUGGUAUCCUUACGGAUGAGAAACAUUCUAAAUGCGAGUGACUGGCUCCACAAACCAAAUGCUUAUCUUUGCCAGCAAGCUGCGCGUUUCUUUUGUAUUGUAUACUGUAUACUGUAUACUGUAUACUUGUAUACUGUAUUCUUUUGCCUGUACGAUCAUACGCGAGCGUCAACAAUAAGUUCUUCGAAGUCA